AUGCCGAGGGUCAUCAUCUUCACCGGCGCCCCAGAGGCCGACUGGUCCUCCUCCCCGGACCUCCUCCUUCCCCCCUCCGCUUCCGCCUCAGCCCCAGCACCCACUUCGCAUUCGACAUCAACACCCCCCGCCGCACCACCGGCCUGGCGCUCCCUCCCGCUCCACCGCCGGCCCCUGAUCACGGGCUUCUCCCAACCCCACGGCCUGCCCUCCAACUUCCUCCCCCCCGCCCACUUCUUCUCCCUCUCUCUUGACGCCGACUCCCAGCAAGACACGACAGCCGCCGGAGCGUCCCAGGAGCUCCUGUCGCAGUUCUACGACCACUCCCUCGCCCUGCAUCACGACCUCGCCUCCUCGCAGCUGCCCCCGCCACUGACACCGUCGCACCCCGACACACCCGGCGCCGGCAGCACCCGCCGCGCCCUCCCCCCCUCGACGGCAGGUCAGCACACGGUGUCCUUGGACGAGACGACGGCCACCGACUCCUUCGUCUCGGAGACGACCGAUUCCUUCCAGGACACCACGGCCGCCGCCGACGACCUGACGUCGUCCGGCCCCCGGCCCCCGCCCGUGACGGCGCCGCCCCACCACCACCUGAGCGACCUGAAGGACAUCCCCGCCGGCCCGGACCUCCUCCGCCUCGCGCCGCAGACGGUGACGGUGAACCUCAUCGCCGGCGUCAUCUCACUCUCGGAGCCGCGCGGCGUGACGACCCGCUGGGGCAACGAGCUGUCGCUCGUCGAGGUGUUGAUCGGCGACGACACCCGCGCCGGCUUCGGUGUCACUUUCUGGCUGCCCUCGAGCGGCGGCGGCGGCGGAGCAGGCAGGGACGCGGGCACGACGCCCAUGCGGCUGCGGAGGCAGGACGUCGUCCUCCUGCAGAACGUCGCCCUGCAUGUCUUCCGCGGCAAGGUGUACGGGCAGAGCCUGCGCAAGGGGCUGACGAGGACCACGGUGCUGUACCGGAGGAAGCUUGGUGACGACGACGAGGGCGGGUACUACCGCCGGAGGGACCUGGAGGCGGGCGGCCGGGAGGGGGCGCACCCGCAGCUCGUCAAGACCAAGAGGGUGUGGGAGUGGGUAUUGAGGUUCGUGGGAGGGGAGGGGAGGACCAGCGCCAAGGGGAAGAUGAGGGGCUGGGAUGCGCCGCCGGAUGACACCCAGUGA